AUGGCGACCACCAAAGUGCCUGUUUACUCAACCAAUGACCUGAAGUCUACUAGUGAUGACGCCCUAGUCCCCUACCUAACCAACCUCCCCGCGCCCUUCACCUUCACUCCUAGCUACACGAAGACCAAUGUUCGCUUUGCACUGGGUUAUAGUGCAGUUGCGAUUGCGGCAUUUACAUUCUAUGCAGACCGCACUCUUGGUUGGGAGGCUACCACAUCUCCUUGGAUUGUUGCGGCGGUAGUCUCAUACUUCAUUCUCAACACCGCCCUCACAUAUUGGAUCUGGGGCGUCGAGGCCGGUGAGGUAUUCUGCGGGAAACGAAAGACUGGAGAGACUAUCUCCAUUUCCUCAUCUGGCAUUAAGAACUCGGUCCCCUAUAAACUUCACGUCCAAUAUAAGUCCCCCGCCGGCAAAGUCUUGCAGGACAAGCGCUUCGAAGCGCCUUUCACCACAUGGUUCUCGGCUGAGGGAGUGUUCCACCCUGAGCCUUUCCGACGCUGGCUGGCAAGUGAGGUGGAUGUCUUGAGACUCGCGGCAAAGGAGAAUGAGAAGAAGAACGGUAGUGACUCUGGACGAUAA